UGGGCAGAUUUCCAUCCUUCUAUUACAACACCGUAUUUGACCUUAAUACCAUAAUGGACGGUCAGCGCCCAACUCAACCCGAUCUCGACAAUGCACCUCAAUGGCGCUGGGACUCGUGGAGAGUCGGACUCGAUCCUGAAUCGCUUUUCACGACUUUAAGCGAACAAUACAACAAGGUCUCUUGCGACAUCCAAUCCCCCGAAGCGUUCCAUCACGACGUAUCCUCAAUCGUCCUCCAGGCGAGAAAUCUCGAAGACUUCCAUCAUAGACUGUCGAAGCGACGCGAGGAGCGCCUGCGCGAGCUACGAACAGCCUGGACUCGAGUCAUACAAAACUUCUAUGGCUGGCGGCCAAUUCGACUUGGCCAAGAUGAGGACCCAAUAUAUUCGGCUUUCGGAAAAAUGGUUGGGAACUUAUCCUUCGAGUCUAUUAUUUGUUAUGCCGACGCGCAUAUACCCGACGACCGCAAAUAUUCCCCGACCUUGAGCAACUUGGAUCCCGAGGCAAAGCCGCUAUCGCCAGACAGCGGACCUGACGCUGGCCCAGACCAGAAGGUGCUGCAGCGACCCGAAGAGCCCCGGCUGCCGGCGUGGCCGCCAAAGCCAACGACCCGGCCUGCACAUGCUUUAUUAACAUCGCCGCCGGGAUACUGCAACCGCAAACCGCUCGAAAAGAUCGUGCCACCGAGUUUAUUGACACCAGCCGGCGACGAUGAGGACGUGACGGUUGAGUCUGCGGCUGCUGGCUCUUCCAAGAGCAUACGGAAGCAAUCGAGCACGGAGCAGGGAAAGGAGUGGCAACUCAAGCGGGGACAAAGCCAGGAACUGGAAGCAAAGGAAUAUAGCACUGCACUUAAGCCAGCGGACAUCCUGUCCCCUAGCGGCAGCGGCUGCAGCAAUCCAAAACGGCAGCAGCAGAGCAUUCAACUGGAGUAUGGGCAGGACACUGUUGCAGGCGACGAUAAGGACUCACCGUCAAGGACAAUGUUUGCGUCAGCAGUGUUACCACGACGAAAAAGCGCCUAUUUGGGGAUAACAUCGUCACCAACGUUGACCAGCGUUCGGAGUUGCAAAAAGCGGCCGCGCACACCAGAAUCACCCGGCAGUGACGAUGGGCCGACCUGCAAAAGGAACCGGACGAGAGUCUUCGCCUCGCCGAAGUAACAAGGUACCUUGUCUUCAAUACUUGUCGUUCCCCCGUCCGACCAUGUUCCUAGCUUGGGGAAAGGCGGGAGGUGUAAAGACUUCAAAGAUGUAUGGCUGUCGACUAUCGAUGAUACCACGAGUAGCACAUGGGGUCGCAUAUAUAUAGUUAUGAAUUCCAGGGCGUACUGUUUGUCUUUCAACCUUGUUUUAUCUUCCAGGGAACAAAAGCCAACAACCUUUCUAAGGUUUUAAAUUUGGGUACACAAAUGUUGACCAGUUUACACGUGCAAGGGGGACUCAUGAUUCUGAAUGCCGCGCCAAUUUCUAGACGAUUUUAAUAACCAAAGCUUUUGCUUCUCCAACUGCAGCCGUGCGAACAUUGGUUCUGUCCCUGCGAAUCUUGUUGGACCUAGUUCCAAGCCUUUUCUUUUAAGUUUAAAGCUAAUUAUACAUUGUUUUGAGCCAUUAGUUAUACCAUUGUACUAUAUUACUAUGUUAAUGCUGUGUUUUCGUACUUCAUUUUGC